UAUUAGAUGCCUCCAAAAAAAGGAAAAGGAAAAAAAAAGUAUGACUCUGAUGAUGAUGAAUCAGAAGAAGCUUAUGAACCAAAAGUUUAAAAGAAAAUUUAAAAAUAAACUUAAAAAAAAUAAAAUGCAUCAGCAAAAAAAUAAAAAGAUGAAGAAUCUGAAGACUAUUCUUAAUCUAGUGAAGAAUAGGUUGAAAAACAGGAUAAAAAAAAGAAAGUUUAACCUUAAAAAUAGAAUAAAACAACAAAUAAUACAAAAAAAAAAUAAAUAAAAGAUGAUGUACAUAUAAAUUAAUAUUAUUUAGGAUGAUGAUGAAAAUUCUGAAAGUGUUGAAAAAGACAAGGACAAUUUCAAAUAAUAUUAAAAAAAAGAGACUCCACCUGAAGAUGAUCCAUGCAGAAUUUAUUAUGAAUCACUUUAUAGAGAAAAACCAGAAUCUAUAUUGGCUCUUAAAUAUUGUUUAGAUUAUGGUCUUAUAGAGGAAGCCAAUAUUUAAAAAGCUCAUAAAUUUUAUGAAAAAUAUAAAUCUAAAUAAAAGUGAC